GGAACACAGUGUGUGUGCAGUGACAUGCAGAAGGACGACCCUGUAUCUGAGAGCGGGUCUGGUGGUGGAACCGGAACCAUGUCGGUCCUGGCCCGGGUGCUGUUCUACCCCACCCUGGCCUAUAAUGUCCUCAUGGAGAGGCUGAGCUCCCGCCGCUGGUUCGACCGGGUGGACGACACGGUUCUGCUGGGAGCACUGCCCUUCCGGUCCGGCACCGAACAGCUGGUGGAGACAGAAAAUGUCCGGGGGGUCAUCACCAUGAACGAGGACUAUGAAACCAAAUACUUCUGCAACUCUGCCGAGGAAUGGCAGGCCGUGGGUGUGGAGCAGCUCAGACUCAGGACCGUGGAUCUGACCGGGGUUCCGUCUCUGGAGAACCUUCACAGAGGGGUGGAGUUUGCCCUGCAGCACAGAGACAGAGGGACCAGCGUGUACGUCCACUGUAAGGCUGGACGGUGCCGCAGCGCCACCCUGGUGGCUGCAUAUCUGAUACGGUUACAUUGCUUUAGUCCAGAGGAGGCUCGUGAUAAACUGGCAUCUAUUCGACCUCACAUUAUUAUCCGCCCGUCGCAGCUCAACGUGCUCAGUAAAUACUACGAACAGGUGUGUGGACCCACGGCUCAGAGCUGACAAACGUGGACGAGGACCGAGAAUACGACGGAACAGGAGAGAGAAGGAAGGGGACGGUCUUCCUCAGGCCCACCCACUGAAACCAAGAGAUUUGAAAGUUUAUUUUGUGUCUUUUGUGCCAAUUUUUUCUUGCAUAAACAUUAUAUAUGAGCUGUGACUUCACACUGUUUAAACAUGAAGAGGAAAGACUGAAAACAGAGACAGAUGUGUGAGUCACCACCUGCUGGAUGUUUUACAGAUACAGUAAAAGCAGAACCUGACACUUGACGCUAAUGGAGGCCGCAUAAUAGUGGAUAGAAAUAAAUAAAGAAAUAAAUAUACACACACACAUACACUUCAGUUGACAGACAGUUGAUGUUCAGAUCAUGAUUUUGUAACUGAUAGAUUUAUGGAUUUAGGCGUUUAUUACUUUAGCGUCCAGUUCAUCAGUUCCAGUUUUUAAUGAAGUCAGAAAUACUGCAUUUCCAACAGUCUGGUCUGUGAUCAGCAGAGUCCCACUGGAAACUACCUCAGUAUGAAUAUAUGUUACAGGUUUGCUGUAACAGGUGAAUAGUGGGUAAUAAUUUGGCAAUAAAGAGUGAAUGGUUUAAGAACGCAGAGUAUGUUUUCUAUUCUUAUAUGUUUGAACUGAGUUGCGGGAGCCGGCUCUGGAUUGGGAGUCGAUUAGUUUUUUUUAACUCGUCUUUUCUGUUGAAGAACCAUGUGAUUGGUCGAGAUGUGUGGUGGCAUUUGUGUGUCUAUGAAACAGGAGUGAAAGUGAGAGAAGUACGUGCGAAAGAUUACAUGCUGCAAAGGGGAGACAAAUGAGUGAAAGAAAAAGAAGUCAAAUUUGGAUGCAUUUUAAUACCAGAAGAGUAGAGUGUAGACUGUACAAUGUAAAAAAAAA